GUGAUAAGGGACUGGGAAAAAGAAAAUGUCAGAUAAAUAUCUAAGCUCAAGUAAAGGUCCUGCAUUCUGUCAGUAUGCUACAAGUAAAGGGCAAAAUCUGUUUGAACGUGGGUAUUGGAAUCCUAUGCCUGUCAAUACAUACUUAAGUGGGGAUGGAAUGUCACAUUGUUAUCGUGGUCCUGCAUAUUAUGUUCCAUCUGAACGAGCUUGGGUGGACUACAAAGAUUAUCGUUCACUGCCUCCCUUGACUCGUCGUGAUGCAAUACACAUGGACAGUGAAGAUAAGUACAGGGAGUUUCAAAAGAAGAGAGAUAGUAGACCACAUCCUUCAGGUAAAAUAUUUUAUCUUUAAUUACUAUUGUUACAAAAGCAAUUAUUAAUUUAAAUUAAAUUUAAAUAUGAAAACAAGACAACAGUAUUAUUGCUCUUUAACAUUUAAAUUCUGUAGAAGGGCAUUAUAUUAAGGUUACCUCAGUCAAAUAAAAAUAAAAGCUUUUAAAAUAGCAAUGGUACUUUAGUUUCAGACACAUUAAAAGAACUGAGUUUGAUAUGCAUUUAAAAAUUAAAGACCCUCUAUUGCAAAGUAACCAUUUUCAGUUGACCUAACCAGGUAGAAAUGGUAGAAGAGGACUUAAGCCAAAACAUAUUUUAUUUUUGCAUUUAUUCACCCUUUGAUGACAAAUUCUUUAACUGUAAAUGUUACACCCUUUUUGUCAGGGAUCUCAAUGUCUGGUUAUCCUAUGAACUUUACUGGAGUACCGUAUCCACAACUGAUUCCUUUUCAUACUGAUGCUUGGAGGAGACGUUGGGAUGGACCAGGCAACUUUGUUCCACCAGCUGAUAAAUGGGUUCAUGAAAACCCAGGCUCACUAUAUCAAGCUUACAAGUUCUACAAUGAAGAAGAUUACGAUAAAUUUAGACAUCUCAAUGAAGCCCCAACAUGUAGAAAAAAAAUUGCGCGUUAAAGAACUUAUGGCACAGUUUACUCAUUGAUUAUGAUAGAAAGCUAUAAAUACCCUAGUUCACAAUUCAGAGCUGAAUAAACAUCAAAGAAAUACAGAAAAAUAUUUUUAAAAAUCAUCAGACAUUGGGUUUAUCAGAAAUUACAUCUACUUUUAGAAGUUUUAUUCAUAAAAAAAAAGUCUUAUAAAUAAUGAAAGAAAUUUAAUGAAAUGUUUAAAAAAAAAUAAUUACCACUAUACCAUAUAGUUCUUGUCUCAUUUAAAUUCCUUUCCAUUAUAAUAAGAAUGCUAAUUAUCUAGAUGUUGUUUGUAUUUGUAUUGUAGGUAGGGAUUGAAUUAAACGCCUUAUUAGUACAUUUGUUUUAGACUUGCCAUAAAACACUAAUUGUUUUAGGAAUUUCUAAUCAAAUGCUUACAUGAUCUGACAAAUGCGGUAUGCGAAUAUUCAACAGUGCUAAAUCCAGUAAUAAUAUACGUAAAUAAAGUGUUUUCAUAGAUUUUUUUUUUUUUACAGUGAUUCAGUGAAUGUCUGUAAACUUAUAUUUUCUUUUUUGAACUUCAAAAUCUUUUUCACGUUUUGAAAACCCAAGUUUAAAAAAAAAUCAAAUAGAAAACAAUGCAACAGUAUUAAAUGUAAAAUAAUAAACUUUCUUUCCUUGCUAUAAUUUCGAUAAAUUCACUGGGAGUGUGUACAUAUGGUUUGAUAUAGUAAUUUGUGUGUGUGGCUUAUUCAAUUUAUUUUACAUGUUUAAUUUUUAAAGCUUACCUUUAGGGUGGUAUUUGAUAUUUUUAUUUUUCAUAUUUAGUAUAAGUGAUUGUAUUACAGUAUUACAUUUGUAAAUAGACAAGUGUUUAUAAUAAUUUUACGGCAGACUUCUCUAUCAAUGAAACUUUUGUAUAAGUAACGCAAAUUGCUUACACUGUUCAAAAAAUUAAAUCUCAAUGUUUUAAAUAAUAAUUCAUAUCCUUUAUAAGCCAUGAGAAAAUAUAUCCUGGAAAACAA